AUGCAAGAUAUGGGUAGAGAAGAUCAUCACUCUGAUACAGAGGUAUCAGGGAGCGAAAGGGUAGCUUACAGUGGUCCAUUGAGUGGACCUCUUAAUAAAAGACCAGGAAGAAAGAGUGCAAGGUUUAACAUACCAGAAACAACAACAUCCAAGGAUGAAAAAUACGUGGAGAUAACCCUUGAUGUCCGAAACGAUGCUGUGGCUGUUCACAGUGUUAAAGCUGCUAAUGGCGUCGAAGAAGAUCCAGAGAUGACAUUACUUGCUAAAGGUCUAGAGAAAAGAUCUGCUUCCAAUGUUGUGAGAAAUGCUUCAGCAAGAAUUAGACAGGUUUCUCAUGAAAUAAAACGGUUGACUUCGUUCUCGAAGAGGCCUACUCCUGGUCGCCUUGACAGGUCUAAAUCUGCAGCUGCUUAUGCUUUAAAAGGACUUAAGUUUAUCAGCAAGGCUGAUGGUGGUGCAGGAUGGGCUGCUGUGGAGAAGAGAUUCGAUGAAAUUACUGCUUCUACAGAGGGCUUGCUUCCUCGUGCCCGAUUCUAUGAAUGUAUAGGAAUGAAAGAAUCAAAAGAGUUUGCAGGAGAGUUGUUUAAUGCACUUGCAAGGAAGCGGAAUAUGCAAUGUGAUGCGAUCAGUAAGGCUGAGCUGAGGGAAUUCUGGGAACAGAUUUCGAAUCAAAGUUUUGACUCCAGGCUCCAAACUUUCUUUGACAUGGUGGAUAAAGAUGCUGAUGGGAGAAUCACAGAAGAGGAAGUCAGAGAGAUCAUCACCCUCAGUGCUUCUGCAAAUAAACUGUCAAAUAUCCAGAAACAAGCUGAGGAAUAUGCAGCAUUGAUCAUGGAAGAGUUAGAUCCAGAAAAUCAUGGAUACAUCAUGAUAGAGAACCUGGAAAUGCUUCUCUUGCAAGGACCAAACCAGUCUGUAAGAGGAGAAAGCCGAAACCUGAGCCAUAUGCUUAGCCAGAAGCUUAAGCCUACAUUGGACAGCAACCCAUUAAACAGAUGCGGUAGAAGCACAAAGUAUUUCUUAUUAGACAACUGGCAGAGAGUUUGGGUGAUGGCUCUAUGGAUCGGUGUUAUGGCUGGCCUAUUUGCAUACAAGUAUGUGCAGUAUCGACGCAGAGCUGCGUAUUUGGUAAUGGGCAAUUGUGUGUGCAUGGCCAAGGGAGCAGCAGAGGUGCUCAAACUGAAUAUGGCUCUAAUUUUACUACCUGUCUGUCGAAACACCCUCACCUGGCUCAGGAACAAGACCAAAUUAGGCGUUGCGGUUCCUUUUGACGAUAACCUCAAUUUCCACAAGGUGAUAGCAGUGGGAAUUGCAGUUGGAGUUGGUAUCCAUGCGAUUUCUCAUUUAGCAUGCGACUUCCCUCGCCUUCUUCACGCAAGUGAGGAAAAGUGGGAGCUUAUGGAGCCAUUUUUCAAGGAUCAACCGUCAAGUUACUGGCAUUUUGUUAAGUCAAAGGAAGGAGUAACUGGGAUCUUAAUGGUUGUGUUGAUGGCUAUAGCCUUCACGCUAGCCACCCCUUGGUUCAGACGUAAUAAGCUCAAUUUGCCAACAUGGCUCAAGAAGCUCACCGGUUUCAAUGCAUUUUGGUAUUCUCAUCACCUCUUCGUCAUCGUCUACACCCUGCUUGUUGUACAUGGUUAUUACCUCUACCUGACUCAUGACUGGUACAAGAAGACGACCUGGAUGUAUUUGGCAGUUCCUGUGUUACUUUACGGCAGUGAAAGGCUUAUUAGAGCACUGAGAUCUAGCAUCAAGGCUGUUAACAUACAAAAAGUGGCAAUUUAUCCUGGAAAUGUCUUAGCACUUCACAUGUCAAAGCCUCAAGGAUUUAGAUACAAGAGUGGGCAGUACAUGUUCGUCAAUUGUGCCGCUGUCUCUCCAUUUGAAUGGCACCCAUUUUCUAUUACUUCAGCCCCUGGAGAUGACUACCUCAGUGUUCACAUCAGAACUCUCGGUGAUUGGACGCGGCAGCUUCGAACGGUGUUCUCAGAGGCAUGUCAACCCCCUCCUAAUGGGAAGAGUGGACUUCUCAGAGCUGACAGCUUCCAAGGAAACAGCCCAAACUUCCCAAGAGUUUUGAUUGACGGUCCAUAUGGAGCACCAGCACAAGACUACAAGAAAUAUGAGGUGGUAUUGCUUGUUGGUCUAGGAAUUGGGGCAACCCCAAUGAUCAGCAUUGUGAAGGACAUAGUGAGUAACAUCAGGGCCAUGGAAGAAGAAGAGGAUGCACUAGAAAAUGGUACUAAUGGAAUAGGCAAUAGCCCAUUAACUAAAACUUCUAGUCCUAAUGCACAAAAAAGAAAAGAAAACUUCAAGACAAGAAGAGCAUACUUCUAUUGGGUGACGAGAGAACAAGGGUCCUUUGACUGGUUUAAAGGGGUGAUGAAUGAGGUGGCUGAAUUAGACCACAACCAUGUCAUAGAGCUUCACAACUACUGUACUAGUGUUUAUGAAGAGGGUGAUGCAAGGUCUGCUCUAAUUGCCAUGCUUCAAUCUAUCAAUCAUGCCAAGAAUGGUGUGGACAUUGUCUCUGGAACACGAGUCAAGUCUCACUUUGCCAAGCCCAAUUGGCGUAAUGUCUACAAGCGCACUGCGCUUAACCACCCUGAUUCUCGAGUUGGAGUGUUUUAUUGUGGGGCACCAGCACUGACAAAAGAGUUGCGCCAGCUAGCCUUGGAUUUCUCUCACAAGACCAGCACCAAGUUCGAUUUUCACAAAGAAAACUUCUGA